AUGGUGGAGGUAAACCCAUUCCCCACCUCUGCUUAUGGUGGAAGUAAACCCAUCCCCACCUCUGAUCAUGGUGGAGGUAAACCCAUCCCCACCUCUGAUUAUGGUGGAGGUAAACUUAUCCCCACCUCUGAUUAUGGUGGAGGUAAACCCAUCUCUACCUCUGAUUAUAGUGGAGGUAAACUUAUCUCUACCUUGGACCAUAAUGGAGAGCCGCCGGGGGUGCCUGUAUUCGAAGAUGACCUUCAGAGAGAGGUCAUCGCUGGCACCACGCUCCAGGUGACCUGUACCACCACGGGAGGUCAUCCACCUCCGACUGUGAGGAUUUACAAGGAGUCGGAAGCGCUUCUGACGGAACUCCAGCGGGAGGGCAACCUGACGAGGGCCCGGGCCGAGGUCGAGCUCUCGCCUGGCGACAACGGCGCCAAAGUUACCUGUGACGCCAGCACCUCCCCUCACACUGCCCCCCUGACCACCUCCGUCGUCCUCACCGUCCUCUUUGCGCCUUGGGAGGUGAGAGGAUUUGCUUCUCCAAGCACCGUGGAGGAGGGGGAGAUGGUGAUCGUGUCCUGCGAGUCCUCCUCCAGCCUGCCGCCCUCCAACAUCACCUGGAGCUCCGAGGGCGUCGUCUUGGAGGCCGCGUCCACCUACACCUCCAAAGGGGUGUUUGGAGGAACCACCACCAGGUCCGAGCUGAGGAUAGAGACUAGAGCCGGCGACAACGGCAGAGUACUGAUGUGCACGGCCGGGAACGGACUGGACAAGCCCGUACACAGGGAGAUCGUACUAGACGUUCUUCACACUCCGAUAUGGCUGUCCAAACCACCUGAUCACCUCGACGUGUACGAGGGAGCCGACCUGGUCAUCACUGCUGCUGCGGCCUCGAACCCGGGACCCGUCAGAAGCAGCCAGGUCCUGGGCACGGGGGUGGGCGUGGCCUACCUGCUGGUGGAGUCGGCGACCUGGGCGGACACGGGCGUGUACCUCUGCCACGCCUCGAACGCCGUCACCAGCGCGCCGCCCGUCAGAACCAAAUUCAUCGUCACGCAGCCGGUGACGGAGGCGGAGGAGGAGGUGGGUGGGCGGCGAGGGUCGUGGGCGGCGGUGGGCGGGAGUGGGCGGCUCUCGUGUGUUGUGAGAGCCGCCCCUCCGCCCAUCUUCCGCUGGGCUACUCAAAACGGCGCCCACAUAGAGACGGAUGAGAGCUACGUUGUCCAUCAUCCACAGCUACGGGAUGGACUCACACUGUGGUCGUCAAUAGUGGAGAUCCGCCAGGUAACUCAGCUGGACUAUGGAGUCUACCACUGUACCGCCCACAACCACCUGGGCUCCACCACCCUCGCCCGCACGCUCAGUCCGCCCACACGCCCACACCCGCCUCUCAGUCUCACCGUGUACAACGUAACUACUAGUUCAGUCUACCUGGCCUGGGUGCCCAACUACGAGGGCGGGAUGCCCCGCGGGUAUGCUGUGAGAUAUCGUGCUGCUGGGUCACUAGAAUACCAGGUGGUGGAAGUAUCGGGAGGAGAGGCACGAGGCGCCACGGUGAAUCACCUGUCUCCGGACACCGAGUACCUGUUCACGGUACAGGCCAGGAACCUGCAGGGACCUUCCUCCUACGUCACCCCGCAUGUCACGGCCACCACACAUGGUGUGCCAGGGCAGCCGAGUGCGUGGCCAGGGGUGUCGGCGGGGGGCUCGAGGAGCGUGGUGGAGGAGGGUUCCAACCGGAUGCCUCGACUGAUGCUGCUGAUCAUCACGCUCACUGGGGCAGCGCUGUUCGCUCUCCACGUGGCUGUCAUCGGCUGCUUCAUCAGGAGGAGAGCUGCCAACCGCAACGCCUCUGCCUCGUCGUCAACGAAGAACGUGGCGUUGGACGUGUAUGGAGUGACUCCAGCCUCCACCCCGGGCUUGGUGCAUGGAGGGACUCUCCUCUCUCUCACCUCCAUGUGCCCUCCUCACCUCCCCUCCACUACCCCUCCGCCGUAUCAGGAGGAUCAUCAGACCAACGUGGACGACUGCGACCCAACUAACCUGGUAGUCUCGAACGCCGCCCCGCACUCCACCACUACACCAGCCCCCACGCGCCCACCAGCACACAGUGCUCCUCGCCAGAACGGCAUGGUAAUGGUGAGCAGAGACUCGACUACACUCUUCGUCAGUAGCAGGACCAUGAGUCCUCAGAACGUUGGGACAUUUGCGCCCGGCCAGAAUAUCUCCGUUCCUGCUCCUGCUGGUGUGGAGGUGAGCUCUACACCCCCGAGGACAGCCAGUCCCCUGCUGCAGAGCGACGGUCAGGGUAACGAUGAGAAGGAACCACGUCAGGAGGCGUCCAGAGAAGGUGAAGUGUCGUCCCUGUGUUCCAGCACCUACGACACGCUGCCUCGCGACACACAUUUCCCGCAGAAAGAGGUCAACUCGGCCGCUAAUCCAGCAGCCGACCAGACGUCCGUGUCCUCUCACCACAGCUAUGAGUAUUCCCAGGGCGUGGAUCACCCUCUCUAUCACCCUAACUGCCCGCAUCAUCACCACCUCCAACAGCAACACCUUCACCAUCAGCCACUCACCACCCCCACUACAACCACCACCACAACCGCCGCCCCACAACAUUACCACCCACCGCCCUACGACGUCCAACUCUACCAGCAAACACCACAGGGCGAGCAGACAUUCCAGCCACCAGCGCCCUACAGCAGCUUAAAUCCUUCAGGGCUCUACGACCUUAGUACUGGCUACCAAGAGGCCAGAGCGAGUCCCACCUCCUGCGUGACAGGAACUCCUGCUGGCUACAACACCCUGGGUCCGCGCAGGCGCAGACCCGUGCCGUCGAAGUUUUCGAGUCUGCAGCGACCGCGGAACUCCACCUCCCACGCCCACAUACACGCCCACGCCCAGAGUCAGCAGCAGCAGCAGAACCGAGCGUCCCCCGGUAACCAAGCAGAGGAUCACAAACCGCUACACGACAGCAAUCCUGGAGACCGUCUGGGCAUGGUUGCCGUCGGCCAGACUCUGAACGACAAUUCACAGUAUCGUGGAACCUUCCAUAGCUUUGUUCCUUAUGCUCGCGUGAGUCCCCGCUCGCAUACCCAUACCCCUCACGGGCAUGAUAACGGCGGGCUGUCGCAUAACAUCCAGUUUGUAAACCAGCACGACCCGGACGACUCUCCUGGCGCCACACACAGCCGCAGUCCUCCCUCGCGCGCCGAGCCACACUGCCCCAGACACGGUCCAGGCAUCCUCUAUCCUGGCGCCGGCGACCAUCGCACCCCGCGUGUUAUUGAUGGCCACACUAUGGCCUCUGGAGAACCUGGCCAUUGCGUCAGGACCCAAUCAAGUAGUCCAUUCCAGCGCACCAGCAGCUUCCACCAACGCACCGGCAGCCCCCAACAACGAACAGGCAGCCCCCAACAACGAACAGGCAGCCCCCAACAAUGUACUGGCAGCCCCCAACAACGCACUGGCAGCCCCCAACAACGGACCGGCAGCCCUCAACAACGGACCGGCAGCCCCCAACAACGGACCAGCAGCCCCCAACAACGGACCAGCAGCCCCCAACAACGGACCGACAGCCCCCAACAACGGAUCGGCAGCCCCAACCAACACAGCCUCAGUAACCAGUGUCCGAAGACCGCACACCAGCACUCUGACCCUUCCAGGCGGCGCUUCAGCGAACCCCAUCAUGGGAGACUUACCCAUGACGCCUCCGCCGACCCAAUCUCCGCUAGAAUUCCAACGGGACUCCCAGAGUCUUCGGAAUUUACCUCGGACGCGUUUAUCGCAUCAGGACGUCCUCGCUUCCCUCGCGACUUCGUGCGACACAUCUCUAGGACGGAGAGCCGUGACAGCUACGACGAACAGACAAACCACAACAGUGCAGACACCGGCCGCAGAUAAAAAUAAAAAAUUAUUUAGCAUCAUCUGCUUCCCUGUCUUGUACUUAAUUUCACAUUUUGUACUUCACACAGACAUCCCAAGGAAAGCAUAGAAUUAAGAAGUAAGCAGACAUAUGCAUUCUGUUUCACCGUUUGUGAUAACUGAUUUCGACUGUGCUGAGGAAGCCGAGUUACAAACAUGAAUUCACAGGUAAUCGAACGUAGACUCAAAAAUGAAAUACAUCAACUUACGGAAAAGAACAUAAAUAAAAUGAAGCCGCACGGAAAACAAAAACAUGCGCACGGAUGUUGAGUGCGAUCUCUCACAGUUGAUUGACUGUUGAGAGGUGGAACCAAAGAGCCGAAACUCAACCCCUUGCAAUCACAGUUAUGUGAGUACGUGGAUCUUUGGCGUGAGGUCUCUCAGUCACAUGUGUGGUGAGACAUACAGCUGUGGCGUGAGGUCGUUCAGUCACAUGUUUGGAGAAACAUACAGCUGUGGCGUGAGGUCGCUCAGUCACAUGUUUGGAGAAACAUACAGCUGUGGCGUGAGGUCGCUCAGUCACAUGUUUGGAGAAACAUACAGCUGUGGCGUUAGGUCGCUCAGUCACAUGUUUGGAGAAACAUACAGCUGUGGCGUGAGGUCGCUCAGUCACAUGUUUGGAGAAACAUACAGCUGUGGCGUGAGGUCGCUCAGUCACAUGUGUGGAGAAACAUACAGCUGUGGCGUGAGGUCGCUCAGUCACAUGUUUGGAGAAACAUACAGCUGUGGCGUGAGGUCGCUCAGUCACAUGUGUGGAAAGACACACAGCUGUGGCGAGAGGUCUCUCAGUCACAUGUGUGGAGAAACACACCUGUAGCGAGAGGUCUCUCAGUCACAUGUGUGGAAAGACACACAGCUGUGGCGAGAGGUCUCUCAGUCACAUGUGUGGAGAAACACACCUGUAGCGAGAGGUCUCUCAGUCACAUGUGUGGAAAGACACACAGCUGUGACGUGAGGUCUCAGUCACAUGUGUGGAGAGACGCACAACAAUAUAGCAUUCCAGCAGUCAUAAGCUCGAACAGAACUGCAGUUUUCAUAAAUAUCUGCAGCUCUAUGUGUUGCAUAAUUCCAUCACGGGAAGACAAAAAUAAAACAUUUUAUUGCGAACAAGUACGACAUUCAAAGAUAAGUUGACAAAACAAAGCUUUUGCAAUAAAUGUAUAAUUCACCUUAGUACUCCCUGAAACCCUCGUGAAUUGCCUUGCAAAGGGACCUCAAUGGCUUCCUCUUGAUAGUCCGGUCCCCAAAUAGUUGAAAGUUAUGUCUAUAGAAGGAGAGCGCUUGGCGUAACAUUCUAUAACGUUGAUAUAGAAGCAUUAUGUGAACAUUUGUUUCGCCCUCUACAUAUCUGGUACGCCUCAAGCACCCUCUCAACGCUAUACUUGACACAUUAUUCUGUUUUUAUUUUAAGUCGUAAAAUACGGUCGUGCUAUCAGGCAAGUUCGGUACUCGGAGGAUCUAUGAGCAAGUCAUUAAUUGUCCUUGAAAUUACAUAGGGAUUUUUAAGUGCACCUGAAUGAUUAAGAUGACAGGAAUCUUUCCUAAGAUCCUGACUGGCCCAGGUGCGGUGUCAUAAUAGAUGCCCUAGUGAUUCUUAGACACUAGCCAGGCACUAAUGAUCCUCGAAAAGCAUGGCACGAAACUACAUCUCUUUUACAACCAACUAUAGUGCUUCUACAACAACUACGUCUUCUCUACAAGCAACUACAUUUCCUCUACAGCCAACUUUAUCUCCUCGGCAACCAACUAAAACUCCUCAACAACCAACUGAAGGGUAUAACUAACUACAGCUCCUCUCCAAUCAACUAUAGAUCACUGAAAAUAAUAUGGCAACACGUUGUAUGUUUUCCAUUGCUUAAACAUUCUUUGUUGAAUGUGGAAACCAAAUUGGAAAAAGGAUAUAUAUGUGAUAAUUACAAAGUUUUAUAUGUCAAUUAUUACAUGGUUAUUAUCUUUACUUUGACAUAUGUUUAAAUCCUUUAGAUGUGGUUGAGAAGGGUGUAAAUAUGGCUUGUAUGGGAGGUGCAUGUACAUACAUAUUGGUGUGUGUGUGUGUGUGUGUGUGUGCGUGUGUAUGUGUGUGUGUGUGUGUGUGU